CUGUCCAUUUUCCAGAAAUCCAGCUCUGUCUCACUAUGGAGGCCACAACCUGUAACGGCUCAGUGGACAGCACCCCCGUCUUCUACCUGGUGGGCAUCCCCUCUCUACCAGAGUUCUUCUUCCUCCCCAUGUUCUUUAUUUUCCUCCUGUUCUACCUUCUCAUUCUCACAGGUAAUGCCCUGAUCCUGGUGGCCRUGGUGGCAGAGCCAAGCCUUCACAAGCCCAUGUACUUCUUUCUGAUCAACCUCUCAGCCUUAGAUAUUCUUUUCACCACAACUACCGUCCCCAAGAUGCUGUCCCUGUUCCUGCUUGGGGAUCACUUCCUCAGCUUUCCUUCCUGCUUACUGCAGAUGUACCUCUUUCAAAGCUUUACAUGCUCAGAAGCCUUCCUCCUGGUGGUCAUGGCCUAUGACCGCUACGUGGCCAUCUGCCGCCCACUGCACUACCCCGUCCACAUGACCCCACAGACUAAUGCUGCACUGGCGGCCAGUGCCUGGCUCACUGCCCUCCUCCUGCCCGUCCCAGCGGUGGUAAAGACUUCCCAGAUGGCAUAUAACAACAUUGCCUACAUCUAUCACUGCUUCUGUGACCACUUUGCUCUAGUCCAGGCCUCCUGCUCCGACACCACCCCACAGACUCUCAUGGGCUUCUGCAUCGCCAUGGUGGUCUCCUUCCUCCCCCUUCUCCUGGUGCUUCUGUCCUACGCUCACAUCCUGGCCUCGGUGCUUCACAUCAGAUCCCGAGAAGGACGUUCCAAGGCCUUCUCCACCUGCAGCUCCCACCUCCUGGUGGUGGGCACCUACUACUCGUCCAUUGCUGUGGCCUAUGUGGCCUACAGGGCUGACCUGCCCCUGGACUUCCACAUCAUGGGCAAUGUGGCCUAUGCUAUUCUCACACCAAUUCUUAACCCGCUCAUUUAUACCCUGAGAAAUAAGGAUGUCAAGGCUGCCAUCAUGAAAAUUGCAUAUCUCAAAAACCAGGCAGGGACAGGAACAUUUAACCUUUAAAUGCAGCCAAUUCUGCUCCCAGGAC